AUGUACAUCCACUUCCUGUUGGUUCAGUCCAAAUUGCAGAACAUCAAGCUGAGUGUGUGUAAUCUGUCAGAGAGAAGCUGUGCAGCUCUGGCCUCAGUUCUCUGCUCCCAGUCCUCUAGUGUGAGAGAGCUGGACCUGAGUGACAACCAGCUGCAGGAUUCAGGAGUGAAGCUGCUCUCUGCUGGACUGGAGAGUCCACACUGUAGACUGGAGACUGUCAGGCUGUCAGGCUGUCUGCUCACACAGGAAGGCUGUGCUUCUCUGGCCUCAGCUCUGAGCUCCAACCCCUCCCAUCUGAGAGAGCUGGACCUGAGCUACAAUCAUCCAGGAGACUCAGGAGUGAAGCUUCUCUCUGCUGGACUGGAGGAUCCAACCUGGAGACUGGAGGCUCUCAGGGUGGACCAUGGUGGAGAGCAGUGGUUGAAACCAGGUCUGAGGAAGUAUUCCUGUGAACUCAAACUGGACACAAACACAACUCACAGAGAACUCGUCCUGUCUGAGGACAACAGGAAGGUGACAGCAGUGACAGAGGAACAGCCAUAUCCUGAUCACCCAGAGAGGUUUGACUCCUGGAGGCAGAUCCUGUGUAGUGAUGGUCUGACUGGUCGCUGCUACUGGGAGGUUGAGAGGGAAGGAGGUGUUUCUAUGGCAGUGACUUACAGAGGAAUCAGCAGGAAAGGAAACAGAGAUGACUGUGUUCUUGGAUAUAAUGACAAGUCAUGGAGUCUUUACUGCUCUGAAGAUGGUUUCUCUGUCAGACACAAUAACAGAACAAAAGUCAUCCCUGUUCGUCCUUCCUCUAACAGAGUGGCAGUGUAUCUGGACUGGCCUGCUGGCUCUCUGUCCUUCUACAGCGUCUCCUCUGACACACUGAUCCACCUCCACACCUUCAACAGCACUUUCACUGAGCCUCUGUACCUGGGGUUUAGGAUUAGGUUUGGGCCCGAUUCCUCAGUGUCUCUGUGUGACAUUUGAGGGGUGAGAGUUUAUUAAAAUGAUAUAAUAAAC